UAAUAGCAGCAGUCCUGCACGUGGCCGUGUCCAGAGUCAACCAGCUGGACCCAGGGACGCAGGGAUAUUCUUAUUGAGCUUUUUUUCUCCUGCGCCACAAACUCCUGCUGCUUCCACUCCCGGGCUACUUGUCCCAUUUGAGACCACUUCAAAAUCUUUUCUAUGUAAGGAUGCCACAGUUUUGCUUUGUCAUAAUAUGUUCUAUGAAGAAGGGAGAAUUCAGUGUCAACUGAAAAUCUCCUGGUUGGCCCCAACUGGAACCCGAAGCAAAGCGCUGUAGUGGUAACCAGUUCAGAAGAUGGCGUUCCAUCAUUCCAUCAUUGGUUUCAUUCAGAAAGACUGGCAUGAUGCUUUCUUCUCAAGUCAAGUCCCAUGGUUGUCUUUUUCUAGAGUUACAUGGCAAGCUAAAGAGUUUGGAUAUUAUUCUGUAGGAAAUGUAACUAAACUGGUUCAAGGUGUUUGAACUGGUUGCCAAAACACUUUGGAAAGUGAAUAUUUGACCCCACACUGAACGGGAGAGUUCCAAAAGAAUGACCAAGUUAGAAAUGGUGUGACUCCCUGCACAGGUGGUUUCUUAUUUUCCUGGAUUUAAUGUAUAAGCUCUUCUUCCAGGUUAAUUGUGAGCACCCUUUCCCACUUCCAUAUGUCCUGGUGGUUUCUUGGCACAACUGGAAUCAAACACAAUACCACAAUAAACAUGAGUGCUUUUUCAAUGUUGCAUUCUCAAGACCGGUUGUCACUCAUAUACUCAUGUCUGAUCUUUUCUCCCCGCCCCCCAUAGAACGAGAACAUUGAGGCGCUCCAGAGGAUGAUCAGGGCUUUGCUGGAGGAGGCCCCCUCUGUCUGGAACUUAAUCAGCAUCUUGAAGGUAAGUGCAAUGAAAGCCCUAUUCAGACAGUCGGUAGUACAUGUGUGCAGGUGUCUGAACACUGGUACGUGAUUUUGUGUGCAUGACUGUAGUUGCAUUUGUUUUAAAAGUGAACCUGGGCACGGGCCCCUCACAUGCCUGGUCCAGCUAGGAAGUGUCAUGCAGUGCCUGAAAACAGGACUGCCUUUUGGUUACACGGUUUCCAUUCACCCCUGAGCUCGUUCAUGGUUCUUCUCUGCAACUUUGCCAGCUCUAACAUAAUCUGGCUGAGCUGGGCUGACCAGAACUGCACCCCAUAUGUCAAAGGUCUCUGCCCCAAAGCAUUGGAGCAGCUGUCUCGACCCAAUUCCUCAGCCAGAAGGAGGAUGAUGCACCAUCUGGAAGCCUAUUGGGCUACCUGUAUUGCUGCCCCUCCUUCUGUUCUGCACUCCUUCCCUGCCCCAUUGGCCCCAACUCCUGCCAAUGUCUGCUUAAGGGUCGCUUUCUCGCUUUCUCCCUGCUCUCUUCUAGGCUGCGAAGAGUCUGCCUUUGCUGUAAGCAGAUCUUUAAGUCCUCCCCCACCAAUGACUCCGCCAAGGGCAAGCCCCCCAGAGGGAGGUUCUUUAAAUGGAAACACCGCAUUGAGCCUACUCCAGCACCACCUCCAACUCCCACAGGGGACUCCCCGGCAGUAUCCGGAGUCACCAUCGAUGAGCAGGUGCCCCUGGUUGGGACUGGGGCCGACUCUUUGGGGAAGAUCUGACUACUGGGAUCUGACUACUGGAGUGGAGAAAAUAGAAAGAGCUGAGGAAAUUAUGGAGGACAUCAAGAAGCAUCCAGACCCUGGGUUUCUCUUGAGCCUCACCAUGGACACUCUUACGGAACUCAGCAAAAUGAAGCCAGCUCUGCCGUUCAAUGUAAAAGCAGCCGUCCUGCACGUGGCGGUGUCCGGGGUGGAUCAACUGGACCCAGGGACCCAGGAGAAAAUGGCAUCCUUCAAGAAGAUGCUCAGGGGGCUGCUGGAGGAUGCCCCCUCUAUCCAGGACACAAUUGGCAUCUUGAAGGAGCUCCACAAGUACAUCAACUCGGAGAAGCCCCGGCUGCAGACUCUGGGCCGAGAAGCCUACACUGAUGCUCUGGCUCACGUGGCCAGACUGCCCAAUGUGGAACUGGCCACAUGGAAGGUUUUCUUUCACAAGGCAAAGGAGUUGGAUCAUCAUGACAUCCAGAGCACCAUCAAAGAUGGCCUUGUCUUCGAGGACUUCCAUGAAAAGGAGGAUCUUUGUCUGAUCGCCCAUUUGCUUCCUUUUCUUUUUAAUGCUCCUAAAGCUAGGAGAAUAGCUGCCUGAAAGUAUUAUAUGUUUUUAAGAAUCAUACAUAUCAUACAUAUUACAUAAUUGAUUUUAACAAUGACUUUGAAAUGGUUCUGUAUUGUAUUUUGUAUUUCCUUCACCCCUCCCCCCUUUUUUGAUCUGUUAUGAUUUAAUUUUUUGUUUGUUUUAUCUUAAUAAAUACUGUUUAUUGUUCUUA